AUGUCUACCAAUCCAGUUCUCUUAUCAACUGUGCUCGACUUGAAAAAACUCGGGUUCGCAGAAAGCAGUUUUAAAUUCGAUGUGUUGUCACUAGAAGGUGACCGUUACGUAAGCAUAAAGGACCAGGAUGGCGAAAAUUUGACAGUGGCCAUAAUAGAUAUGUACAACGGCAACGCUAUCACGCGAAAGCCGAUGAAGGCAGAAGCAGCCAUCAUGAACCCGUCGGAUCCAGUAAUAGCACUGAGAGCAAAGCUGGAUUCAAACUGCUUUGUGCAAGUGUUUAACCUUGAGACGAAAGAGAAGAUGGGAUACCACCAGUUCGACCAGAAGGUGUCGUACUGGAAGUGGUUGACGAACAAGGAGCUCGUGGUGGUGACGGACAACUACGUGUACCACUGGGAAGUGGGAAGAAGUGACCCGAGGUUGGUGUUCGAAAGGUGCGGCAAACUGCUAGAUUCGGGGACGAAGUUGGUGGGAUACUCAGCAGACGCGCUGAACAAGUGGUGCCUGAUCUUUGGAAUAUACUCAAACGACCAGGGAGCGACGAUCGACGGAGCAAUACAACUGUACUCGACGGAGAAGAGGCAGCAGCAGCUGUUCGAAGGGUACGCAGGAACGUUCGGGCAGCUGAGAACGUCGAACGAAACGAUGGAGAAGACGAACCUGCUGGUAUUCUGCGAACACAAGAAGAACAGCAACAACAUUAAGUUGCACCUGAUGGACAUAUACGGAACGAACUCGAGUGGGUCGGAAGGGCAGGAGGCAGCGGCGAAGGCACUGAAGGUUAGCUGCGCGCUUGAGAAAAAUAACGACUACCCAAACGACUUCCCGAUUGCAAUUCAUGUUCUUGACUCAAAUGGGCUAAUCCUGGUGUUGACGAAGAGUGGAUUCGCACAUUUCUACUACUCGACGACUCUAACAUAUUUAUUCACGGAGAGAGUUAGUGUGUCGCCGUUGUUUGUGAGCUGCAACAAGAAGGUGGACGGGAAGACGGCAGGAGUGCUGGCAGUAAACAGGAACGGAGAGGUGCUGAAGGUGAUGGUGGAUGAAGACAGGCUUCUGGGGGUCCUGGACCACCUGGAGGACGUGUGCGUGGGCAUAGCGACGUGUUACGGCCUGAGAGGGUCUGACAGGCUGCUGCUGCAGUCCUUUGAGACGUUUUUCACCAAGGGACAGUACAAGCAGGCAGCUCAGAUAGUGGCGACGCUGAAAUCGAAUGAGCUUAGGACGCUCGAGACAAUACACAGGUUUAAGAAUCAGAGUACGCCAACAGGAAACGCGCUGAGUUACUACUUCUCUGUGAUGCUGGAAGCAGGAAAGCUGAACGAAGUGGAAAGUUUGGAGCUGGUGAAACCAGUGCUUCAGCAGAACAGAAAGGAACUGGUGAAAAAGUGGAUGGACCAGGAUAAGCUGACGGAGUCGGAACAGUUGGGGGAUCUCCUGAGUCAAAUGGACUACGGGCUGGCAUUUAAAGUGUACACGAAAAUAAAAGCGCACAUGAAGGCGAUCAUGUGUCUGAUAGACUCGAAACAGACGACGAAGAUACUGACGUACAUAAGUAAGAUGCUGGCAAGUGCCGGAGAUCAGAGCGGAGUGGAAAGCGGAGUGACGCACGUGGUGAACAGCGUGGGAGACAAGGUGGCGCUGGUGCAGGGGCUGCCGAGCGUGAGCAUGUUGGUGGAAAACGUGGCGAAUAAGCACCCGGAGGCACUGGUGCCCUUCGUAAAUGACCUGCUUAAGGGCCUGAAGAAGGGAGAGCCGCUGUGCGACGUCGUGGAGGUGACGGAGCUUCUGAUAAGACUGAAUAAGCUGAAGGAACUAAACGAGGUGUUGCUGGACUACCUUAAGUCGAACGCGAAGCAGCACAGUAAGCUGCAGACGAGGCUGCUGGAAGUAAACCUGAAAAAUGACCCGAGAGUGGCGGAAACAAUACUGCAGCUGGACAUACUGACGGAGUUCGACAAGGAGUACAUAGCGCGGCUGUGCGAAGAAGUCGGGCUCUACGAGUACGCGCUGCAGUUCUACAGUAACCUGGGAGACCUGAAGAGGCUGAUCGUGAAGAGCGUAGGCACGCUGAGCGAGAAGACGCUGAAUAACGCGCUCAACGCAAUGACAAACGACAACGCACUGGAGGUAUUCAAGGAGAUGCUGGAGGCGUCAGUGAAUAUGGAAGUGCUGGUCUCAAGCGCAGUGUCGCUGCACUCGAAGCUGGGAGCACUGAAGCUGUACAGCCUCUUCGAAAGCAACAACUCGAAGGGCGCAGUGCUCUUCAACUACCUGAAGAGACUGCCCUUCAUACAAAACAGCAAUGCGGCAGCACCAUCGCAGCAGCAGCAGAACGUUAACACGGCGGCGGACAUUAACGAGUUGAUCCUAAAGUACCUGGGACUGUGCAUCCUGAACGACGAGGUGAUAGAGCUGGAGAGAGUGGUGAGAGAAAAUAGCCACUUCGACCUCUUCAGCGCAAAGGAGAUGCUGAAGAGCAGCGCCCUGGGAGACCCGAAGCCGCUGAUGAUCGUGUGCAACAGAAUGGGCUGCGUGAGGGAGCUGGUCGAGUACCUGUACAACAGCGACAUGGCGAGGCACGUGGAGGUGUUCGUGAGCUCAAUCAACCCAGCAAGCGUGUCGGAGGUGGUGGCGACGCUGCUGGACCUGGGCUCGAACGACCAGCUGCUCAACAAAAUACUGAGUAACCUGAGAGACACGGCGGGAAUGAAGGCGAUCAUCAAGGUGGCGGAGGAGAGGCACCAGCUGAUGAUGCUGCAGAGCUUCCUGGAAACGAGGAUCAAGGAGGGAUACAAGGAGGAGGAGCUGCACACGUGCCUGAUGAAAAUCUACAUCACGAGCGCGCAGAACGCGGAGGAGCACCUGAAGACGAACAAGUUCUACAACCGAGUGCAGGUGGCGAAGUACUGCGAGGACAUAGACGUGCAGUUGUCGUACCUGAUCUACAACGAGAACGGGAUGAACAAGCAGCUGAUAGAGCUGUGUCUGAAGCACCAGCUGUACAAACAGCUUAACCAGUACAUGCUGAAGGUGUCGAAGCUGGAGCUGUACAAGCUGCUCUACGACGAGCUUAUGGAAAAGGGGCAGCCAGAAAAGAGCAAGGCAGGUACUACAGCUGCCGUAUCACCGGCAGGGUCAGUGGCAGGAACAACUGGAUUAGUAACAGCAGCCGGCGUAGUAGAUGGUGUGCCUACGCAGGCAGGUGGUUUGGACCCAGGAGCAGUGGCAGCCGGUGACAUGGCAGCACCAGCGGCAGUGACAGUGACAGGAUCUGGGCCGAUGGCGGCAGGGACACCAGGUUUCGACUCGGACAGGUCUGCGCAUGGUCUGCAAAACGAUACGGUAAAGCUGGGGCAGGAAAAGGCGGAGUCGAGUCAGUUUACAACAGUCUUCGACGAGCUGCUGGUGAUGUGCAUAGAUAACUGCAACAGCAACGAGAUCAGCGUACUCAUCAAGUUCUUCCUCUCGCAGGAGAUGAACAAGUACCUGAUCACGCUGCUGGAGGGACUGCUGCUGAACCAGACGGAGUUCAGCAAAAACAGUAACCUGCAAAACCUGCUGCUGGCGACGACAAUAAAGACGAAUCCGGCGAAGCUGCAGGAGUACCUGAACAAGUUGAACAACUACGAGGUCAACUCGCUGGCAAAGCUGGCGAACGAGCUGGGACUGUACCACUCGUCGUACCAGCUGUAUCGCAAGGUGGACAAGUACCAGGAGGCCUUCAACGAGCUGGUCUUCCUGGAGCAAAUGUACAACAAGCCGUCGACGCCGCAAAGUAGCCUCGAGGAGAGGAACAGAGACCUGAAGAGACUUAACAACUUCGAAAACAGAGAAGGAGUGCUGAAGGAGAUGCUGGCCUACGCGACGCUCGUGGACAAGAGCGCGAUUUGGUUCAAGCUGGGGAAAAUAUACCUGGACAGGAACAUGCUGAACGACGGAGUGGACUGUUACCUGAAGAGCGGAAACUUCACGCACAACGCGCAAAUUAAGCAGGCCUGCAAGGAGCAGCCGGAGCUGCUGCUGAGGUGGCUGAGAGAGGCCACGAAGAUCAAGCAGGUCCCGGAGCUGGUCAACGACCUGCUGAUCAUGCUGGCGAAGAUGAGCGAGACUUCGGAGUUCCUGGCAGUGCUUAACGCGAACGCGGCCUCGACGGACCUGAACACGGUGGGCAACGAGCUCAUGAACCUGGGCCUGUACAAGGAGUCGGUCGACGUCUUCACGAGGACGAACAACUACAACAAGCUCGCGAUCUGCUACGUGCAGCUGAGCAGGUACGACGAGGCCUGCGACUCGGCGCUGCGCUCGAGGAACCCGAAGGUGCUGAAGGACACCUUCGACACGGUGCUCUCGUCGAGUCCGAACUACCACAGCAUCCAGAAGACAAAGCUGCUGGGCGUCCUGGCGGGGGAGCUGCUGAACUACCCGGAGUUCCUCACCUCAAUCGUGCUCAGCUACGAGGCGCUCGGCUACUUCGACGAGCUGAUCGACCUGCUGAGGAGGGCGAACAAGACGGUGGCCACCUCGACGGAGCUGGCGAUCGCGCUCGCCAAGUUCCACCCGGAGCUGCUGAUGGAGCACCUGCGCAACGUGGCCUUCGAGUCGAACUCGAUCAACAUAUCGAAGACGGCGCGCGAGUGCAGCAACCUGUGGCUGUGGAGGGAGGCGGUCUUCCUGUACACGAUCGACGACUCGGACAAGGCGGUGCUGAGCAUGAUCCUCCACCCGGACUGCUUCGAGCAGGACCUCUUCUUCCGCACGCUCAAGAACGUCAGCAACAACGAGGUGAUCUACAAGGCGCUCUACUUCUGCAUACAGCAGCACCCGAUGCUCGUGCCGAAGCUGCUGCUGAACAUGCGCAACAAGUUCGACAACACGCGCCUCAUCAAGAUCCUGAAGAACAACAACUGCAUUCAGCUCGCGCGCGAGUUCCUGGAGCUCUACGCCGACAGGAACUCCGCGCUCAUCAACGACACGCUCUACGAGCUCCUGGUCGAGGAGCACAACUCAGGCCUGCUCGAGGAGCACAUCGGCAAGUUUCUGAGCUACGACCACGCGAAGCUGUGCGCACUGCUCGAGGACCACCCGCUCGCGAGCAUGCGCAACAUCGCCGCGAAGAUCUACUGCAAGGACCACAACUACGCGAAGGCGGCGCUGAUUUACCUCAAGAACGCGAACUUCAUCCGCGCCGUCGACUCUGCGCGCCACUCGAAGUCGCCGCAGCUGGUCCACGAGGUGAUCUCGACGCUGCUCGCCAGGGACGAGCUGAACCACUUCGUCGUCUGCCUCGUGGUCAACUUCACGCUCGUCGACGUCGCGGAGGUGCUGGAGCUGGUGUGGCUGAACAACGUGUCGCUGGACCUCGUAAUGCCCUUCCUGAUUCACCUUCAGCGCUUCCUGGCCUUCAAGAAGCCCGCCGCGGCCGCGCAGUACCACCUGACCCACCGCUAG